GCCGCCUCCGAGAGCGACCCGGCCCGGCAGCAGAGCGAGGAGGCAUCACCCCAGGAGCAGCAGAAGGCUCCCCCCGUCGCGGGGGGCUUCAACAAAGCCCCGGGGCUGAAGUACGAGGAGAUUGACUGUCUGAUCAAUGACGAGCACACCGUUAAAGGGAGGAGGGAAGGCAACGAGGUCUUCCUGCCGUUCAGCUGGGUAGAGAAAUACUUUGAGGUUUAUGGGAAAAUUGCUCAGUACGAUGGUUAUGACAGGUUUGAAUUCUCUCAUAGCUACUCCAAAGUAUACACACAGCGAGCACCUUACCACCCCGACGGGGUCUUCAUGUCCUUCGAGGGCUACAACGUAGAGGUUCGAGACAGAGUGAAGUGCAUAAGUGGCGUUGAAGGCGUGCCGUUAUCCACCCAGUGGGGACCUCAAGGCUACUUCUACCCCAUCCAGAUCGCGCAGUACGGCUUGAGUCACUACAGCAAAAACCUGACGGAGAAGCCACCCCACAUCGAGGUGUACGAAACGGCCGAGGAGAAGGACAAAGCCAGCAGGCCCGUGGACUGGACGGUGCCGAAAGGCUGCUCCCUGUCCACGGUGUCCGACAAAGCCAAGUUCACCAGCGUCAAACAGUUCGUGGCUCCAGAAAAUACCGAGGGGGUAUCUCUGCAGCUUGGGAACGCCCGAGAUUUUAUUAUUUCUUUUGAUCUGAAAUUCGUAACAAACGGGAGCGUUUCCGUGGUUCUCGAGACAACGGAGAAGAACCAGCUCUUCACCGUGCACUACGUCUCCAACACCCAGCUCAUCGCUUUCAAGGACCGAGACAUCUACUACGGCAUCGGUCCCAGGACUAGCUGGAGCACCCUCACCAGGGACCUGGUCACCGACCUGCGGAAGGGUGUCGGCCUCUCGAACACGAAAGCCGUCAAGCAGACCAAAAUCAUGCCCAAGAGAGUGGUGAGGCUGGUAGCGAAGGGUCGAGGCUUCCUUGAUAACAUCACCAUCUCGGCCACCGCUCACAUGGCGGCUUUUUUUGCUGCCAGCAACUGGUUGGUGAGGAACCAGGACGAGAGGGGCGGUUGGCCCAUCAUGGUGACGAGGAAGCUGGGAGAAGGCUUUAAGUCCUUGGACCCGGGCUGGUACUCGGCCAUGGCACAAGGGCAGGCCAUCUCGACGCUGGUGCGGGCGUACCUGCUGACGAAGGACCCCGCGUUCCUCAGCUCGGCUCUGCGGCGCCACGACUGGUACGAGGAGUACCCGACCUCGCCCAGCUCCUUCGUGCUCAACGGUUUCAUGUACUCCUUGAUCGGGCUGUAUGACUUGAAGGAGACGGCCGGGGAGAAGCUGGGGAAGGAGGCACGGGUCCUCUACGAGCGGGGCAUGGAGUCCCUGAAGGCCAUGCUUCCCCUCUACGACACGGGCUCAGGGACCAUCUACGACCUUCGGCACUUCAUGCUGGGCACCGCUCCCAACCUGGCCCGCUGGGACUAUCACACCACCCACAUCAACCAGCUCCAGCUCCUCAGCACCAUAGACGAGUCCCCCAUCUUCAAAGAGUUCGUCAAGAGGUGGAAGAGCUACCUGCGCGGCGGCCGGGCGAAGCACAACUAG